GCGGGCCGCGGCGCGCGCUCAAGCAUGGCGGCGGCGGCGGCGCUGGACAGCAACUCGGGCUCCCAGUCCCCGGCUGUGGCUGAGCUCUGCCAGAACACCCCGGAGACAUUUUUGGAGGCCUCCAAGCUGUUGCUCACCUACGCAGACAACAUCCUCAGAAACCCUAAUGAUGAAAAAUAUAGAUCCAUCCGGAUUGGAAACACAGCUUUUUCUACUAGACUCUUGCCGGUCAGAGGAGCUGUUGAAUGUUUAUUUGAAAUGGGAUUUGAAGAAGGAGAAACACAUCUUAUCUUUCCUAAAAAAGCUUCAGUUGAGCAGCUGCAAAAAAUUCGUGACCUGAUUGCCAUGGAGAGAAGUAACAGAUUGGUUGGAUCAAAUAAAAACCACAAAGUAGAAUUAUCUCAACAACCUGCAAGCAGUAUCCAGCUUCCUACAACACAGUCUUCAAAUCCUAGUGGGUUAACCCAGCACCUAAGAAACAGUCAAGUGCAGUCAUCACAUCCACUCUCUGCUCCAAUGGCUACUGCUAAUUCAACCAUUCUAAAAAUCCUUCAGUCCAACAUUCAGCAUGUGCUAACCUAUGAGAACCUUGCUCUCCAGGAGAAAGCAUUGGGUUGUAUUCCAGUCCAAGAAUUAAAAAGGAGAUCAGAAGAAAAGUUAUCUAGAGCAAAAAAAUUGGAUAAAGGUACUAUUAUAAAUGACGAGGAUUUUCUUUUGCUGGAACUUUUGCAUUGGUUUAAGGAAGAAUUUUUUCACUGGGUGAAUAACAUUUCGUGCAGUAAAUGUGGUGGUCAGACUAGAACCAGAGGUGAAGCAUUAUCCCCUAAUGAUGAUGAGCUGAAGUGGGGUGCGAGACGAGUUGAAGAUCAUUACUGUGAUGCAUGCCAGUUCAGCAAUAGAUUCCCAAGGUAUAAUAACCCUGAGAAACUUUUGGAAACAAGAUGUGGACGAUGUGGCGAGUGGGCCAAUUGUUUUACACUGUGCUGCCGAGCUUUAGGAUUUGAAGCUCGCUAUGUUUGGGAUUACACAGACCAUGUCUGGACAGAAGUCUAUUCUCCUUCUCAGCAGCGAUGGCUGCACUGUGAUGCAUGUGAAGAUGUCUGUGACAAACCACUCCUUUAUGAAAUAGGAUGGGGCAAGAAGCUCUCCUAUGUCAUUGCAUUUUCUAAAGAUGAGGUGGUUGAUGUCACUUGGCGAUAUUCUUGUAAACACGAAGAGGUAAUUGCUAGAAGAACUGAGGUUAAAGAAGAAUUACUUCGGGAAACUAUUAAUGGGCUUAAUAAGCAGAGGCAGUUGUCUUUGUCAGAAAGCAGAAGAAAAGAACUUCUUCAGAGGAUAAUUGUGGAGCUUGUUGAAUUUAUAUCUCCCAAAACCCCUAAACCUGGAGAACUUGGUGGAAGAAUAUCUGGGUCAGUGGCUUGGAGAGUAGCCCGAGGUGAAAUGGGUCUCAAGAGAAAAGAAACCUUGUUCAUCCCUUCUGAAAAUGAAAAGAUUUCUAAACAGCUGCACCUUUAUUAUAAUAUUGUGAAAGAUCGUUAUGUCCGAGUUUCAAAUAACAACCAAAACAUUUCUGGAUGGGAGAAUGGUGUGUGGAAAAUGGAAUCCAUAUUCAGAAAAGUUGAAACAGACUGGAACAUGGUAUAUUUAGCCCGAAGAGCAGGGUCAUCCUCUGCUUAUAUUUCCUGGAAAUUUGAGUGUGGGUCAGUUGGUCUAAAAGUAGAUAGCAUCUCCAUUAGAACAAGUAGUCAGACCUUUCAGACUGGAACAAUACAGUGGAAACUGAGAUCUGGUACAGCACAAGUAGAACUGAAUGGCGAUAAAAAUCUUCGCUCCUAUCCUGAUUUUUCUGGUGUCACUGAAGUUAUUUUGGAAGCAGAAUUAAGCAAAGGAGACGGUGAUGUUGCUUGGCAACAUACCCAGCUGUUUAGACAAAACUUAAAUGACCAUGAAGAAAAUUGUUUGGAGAUAAUUAUAAAAUUCAAUGACCUUUGAGAAUCUGAACACUGUAGAAAUGCUCGCAAUCAUCAAGUACUUAGCAUGGUCUAAAGUAGUCUGUUGAUUCAGUGCAUGCUUUGUUGGCAAUUUACUACUCUAUGCUAGCAUAUUUCUUUUGCUGGCUAUCCAUUAUAUAACCCUUAUGAAAAUAUAUCUUUAUGCUAUGGACCAUAAAGAAAUUGUGAAUUAAAAUCUCCCCUCCAUAUGACUAUAAUUUUAAUAGUAGGAGUAAAGUCUUAUUGCCCAAAUAUGAGAUUUUAAUGUAAAACCUGUAAGUAUAGUUUUAAAAGUAAAAUGGUGGCAUUCAUGACUAAAUGUUAUUCAUGAUUAUGGUGAAAUAAUCAUGAUGCUAGUAAUAGUAAUUUGACAUUUUCUGAUCAGCCAUUAAUUUCUUCAUAAGUGGUUGAAUUAGAUUUUCCUAAUAUUUUUAAUUUUAAUAAAUGUGAAAGUAUAAGAUCUUAUAAGUUAAGUGAUGUGUGAACAUUUUAAUUUUUUUAAUAUGUAGGCAUUUAAGAAAUAAAAUUAUUUUGCCUUACUUCUUUUUAGUGGUUACUUUGGCUAAAUAAAAAUCUUUAAUAAGUGUGUUAAACAUUGAAAACAUUUCAAUAGAUAUGAGUGGUGAAAGAAUUUAACAUUUCAUAAAUUGAAAGAUACAUUGUGAAUGUGGACACCAGAGAAAAUGCAUUACUUUUGAGUUGUAUUUUUAUCUACCUCAUUGAAUAAAAUAUAUAUCCUUGACUUUGAAACUAUGUAAUUACAUCAUAUUUAUAUAGUAUAUUAAGAGUUUUCAUGUGGGUUCCAUGUAACUUCAAUUAAAUCUAGCAAACAGUUAUUAAUCUUGUAUGUGCAAAGCAUUCUGAUAGCGCUGUGAAGGAAGCAAUGAUGAAAAAGACAUAGCUCCUGACCUCAAAAUGUCUUUGUGAUGUUCCACCAAGUGAGUCUUCAACUCUUCGUGAAAGAAAAGUACGCUCGCAGAGAAUCUCACCCUGUCUUUAAGUGAGUUGUAAAAUAUGUAGAAAGAUUCUGAAACAGAGAUCUUGUAUUUGUUCUAUAAUGGUAGUCAAACUCAGUUUCAGAUCACUUUCUUGCUAAAGAGUAUAUUUCAAAAGAAGUAGUUGAUGCAUUUAAAGCUAUAAAUUUGUCUUGAAUAUUAGAGUUUUUUGAACUCUUACUCUGUGUUAAUCAUAGCAUCCUGCAGUGGCCAAAUAUUUAAAAUUGGAGAGAGGCUCACCGCUUACCUGUUUUGAGGUGUCUGAUAUUGACACAGUGAGUCUUUUGACCAUCAGGUGGAUAGUUGGAGAUCUGCAAGUAGUUUUAAAAGAUGGUAAUAGAAAUGUGGGAACCCAAACAUAAACUUUGUCUGUGAAAAGGAUACAUCCUGAUUUUUACUGUACCUUUAAGCAGAAAAGUGAUUGAAGUUCAAAUGUUCUGUGUUUUUAUAAGGCUGAACUGGUGAAAAGAAAACUUAGUCUCAUACUUUUCUUAAAUGUAGUUUCAACCCUGAGAUGCCCAGUUUGUCUCAAUAGUUAUAUUAUUGUGUGGAAAAGUUUGAGAUCACACAGAAGAUAUGGGGCAAAAUUCUCUAUAAUGUGUAAAGUUAAGUGACAGAUUAGCCAAGAGAUUUGCAGUAAACUAGUUAAUUAGGCAAAGGGCUGACAAUACAGAUGCCCUCCAUAAAACAGCACUAAUUUCAGGGCACACUUUAUAUAGCAAGCAUGUAGAAUCUUCUUAUUUAAAACCAUAUAGUCUGUGGGCUUAAGAAUGAAUGCUAAAGCUUUGAGAGAAUAACUACACCAAGUUUUUGAAUCAUAAUUCUGAUUGAUUAGCUUCUGCUGAUACUGCUCAUUGUUUAAGGAUGUAUACACUGGUUUCAAGUCAGAUCUCAUCAUGAUUAACUCCGUAGUCUGCUUUUUGUUACAGCAUGUUUUAAAAGUAAGUCUUUUUCUGGAAUUCACAUUCUCAGAAUGAACAAGUAAAAUAAGUGCCCCAGCUUAAGGGAGGACUAGAGAACAUUUUGUCUGGACUUUUGGGGUAGGAAGGAUUGUUAGAGGUUAUUUAACUCAGAGUCCCCACUUUUCACUGAGGCAGCUCAAAGCCCAGAGAAAGUAAAUGGUCUGUCCAUACAAUUUAAUGAGUUAGUGACAUAGACAAGAUUCAUUUAUACAUCUCAGUCUUUUCUUCUACCAAGGUACUGGGUUAUAGAAUCAUAGACCUGUGUGUGUGUUUCAUGAAUAUAGAUACUUUGAUGGGAAUGUUCAAGUUGAGGAGGUGUUACCAUUUGAUAUGAGGACCAAUGUUUUUUUCUAACUAUAGUUAAGCUUUUCUGGGGAAUAAAUGUGUUGUAAUUUGA